GUUUACUCGAGUCUCCGGGCAGAUAGUGCUGUGCCGUUGGCUCGUGCCGUAGUGGGUCUCAACAACAACUGACAGCUCGACUUACCGAGCAAGGAUUCCCUGGAAAAUCGGCGAGUUUCGCGUUUUAUAUCCAAUCGACGAUUUUUUUUUUUUUAAUUUAGCCCAAACCAUCAAAACUACGGUUUUGAUUUCUUUUCUUCUGAGGAAUACCUUGAGGGCCACCUAACAUGGACGAAAGUGUCGCGUUGACGUUUAUUGUUUGGAAAAGACAAAGAUAGUGUUAGUGACUCUUCCCUAAAUCGUCAGGAUCCGGUGUUGACAGCAAUGCAUGAAAUUCUCGCUGUUUGGUUUUGUUCAGGACCUUUGCCAAUCUGUGUUGUCAGUGGAAUGACUAAAAGGAAUGCUGAAGUGUCAAUGGAUUCAUUGUUAUAAUUUUGUCAUUGUAUCUUAUCGAUCCUUUAUUCCUAGAUCGACCGACGUCUAGUCUAUGAAUCGAGAAAGUACCAAAGCAUAAAAAGGCUAAAAAGGUUUCUCGGUAAACUCGAUCUCUUGUCGCCGGUAUUUUCCUUAUCGUGACACCUGACGUAUGCCAUACACGACUCGUGCGUGCUACGAUACAUCUACGCUUUACAUAGUAAACGUUUUUUUCAGAUAUGCUUGAUAAUUAAUGAAAACAUCAUAAUACUUAUCGAUAAGGUCGCAUGGUUUAACUCGCACUAUCCGACGGACAGUGGAUAUAGCGUCGAGACACGCGGUUGGUUUCUGUUGUUUAUUUUUUUUUUAUUUCCACAAACGUUCUAUCGAAUCUCUGUUCCCGAAAGACUAUGCCAAAAUAUUUUCAUAUCAUAUCGUAUCGGAGCUUGUGGAAAUGAUCGUAUAAGCUUUGUCGACGGAUGGAUCAAGGGAGAAUCGGAAAAUGUGAUCGAAAAGGCCUCAAAGAGAGAACAUAAAAAGAAUAUCCAAUUCUUGAAUAUUCCUUUGAUGAGAAAAGAUUGAGACCUCUCCGCAGGAGAGAAGAUCAAUCAUCGAGCUGGUACCAAACAUGGUCCUGGAACCAGGAGGCGGUUUGUCCUUUCCUUUGCCUCCUGGUAGCGGGUCUACUGCAUCCGGCGGCUCGCUUCUGGCACCGGCCAGAUUAUUUCAAAGAGCGACACCAGUCUUCCCGUUCCAUCUUACGGGAUGGCCACCUCAUCAUCCGGUUCUUGGGCAGGUCCAAAGCCAAGUUCAACAGACGAUGCAGGCCCAGCAUCAGGCAGCUGCAGCGGCUGUCAGAUUUCUCAGUCAUCAUCAUCCUCAUCAUCCUCAUCCUGCUUUAGGAAAUCAUCCGUUGGUACCGACGAUCACCGGUCAUCAUCCGGCAGCUCAUCAUCUUCAUCACAAUGCAGAUCAUGGCGAUGAGGAUGAUGAGAAAAAAGGCUGCGAUGGUGAAUCCGACGAAGGUGGUAGCAAAAGACGAAGGAGCAGGACCAACUUUAAUAGCUGGCAACUGGAAGAAUUGGAACGAGCCUUCCUGUCGAGUCAUUAUCCCGAUGUAUUUAUGCGGGAAGCUCUAGCAGUCAGACUUGAACUGAAAGAAAGCCGCGUCGCUGUAUGGUUUCAAAAUAGAAGAGCAAAAUGGAGGAAAAAGGAACAUACGAAGAAGGGACCUGGUAGGCCGGCACACAAUGCUCAUCCUCAGAGUUGCAGCGGUGAGCCAAUACCACCCGAGGAAUUGAGGAGGAAAGAACGUGAAAGGCGGCAAAAGAAAUUGUUGAAGGCUCUUGAGCGACAACAACGAAAACUUGCCGCUAAGGGUAUAACAGUGGACUUGUCGACUUUAAGAGCAGAGUGGGAGUCUCGAACAGCGGCAGCGUCAGGUAGCAAUUCUCUAAGCGGCCAUCUUGGAAAUUCCUUUGGACAUUUAGGUAACAACGAGAGUAGCAGCGUCUCCGGUUCUGGUAACGAUGCUAACGAAGAAAUCGACGUUGUUGGGGGUUUGGAUUCCUGUAGCGAAAGUGGAAGUGAGAGAGUUGAUUCAGCAGCCGACGGUUCCGUUGACGGGGAGUCUUAUCCAAGAUUGGUUAAUGGAAGCACCGAUCAGACAGAUCAGAGACAGAGCACGAAUCACGCGAGUACCAAUACACAAAAUCCAAAUUCGUCUUUGAGUCUGGAUCAUUUGAAUCAUCAACAAGGUAUUCAUCAUUGGGGUUUGAGCCUUCUCGAACGAAGACGGGAAUUAGUGAAUAUAUCUGUGGUCCGACAGGCAGCGAAUAAUAGUAACAACAACAAUAACAACAAUAACAAUAACAAUGUUACUCGACUGAUUAGGCAACAAAGUAGCGAGGAAGACGUUCAGAGUAGCAGUAUAGACUUGUCCGUGAAGGGUCGCGAGGAGAGAAAAAGGCUGAAUCCAUUUUCUAUCGACAGUCUACUCGGUAACAAUAACAGGACAAGUACACCUGUAAUUAAUCAGAAUGAACAUCGAGCUUCCACGCCUACGUUGUCGAAUGGAAGGGAGUCAAGUACUCCAACGUCACCUAUUUCGGUGCCCACUUCGCCGUCCACGACGUAGUGACGUUUCGAUAGUUUAGUCCGAUUUUCUGUAUGUUCAUUUUUGACAAAGUCGAAUGAAAAAAGAUGUUGACGUGUUUGUUUUGGACUUUCGAUAUUUUUUCAAUCCAAAUAUCGUGAUUGUUCGAAUAAUUAAACACGUUUAUCAGAAAUUACAAAUGAAUACAGGACUUAUCGGUAACUUCGAUGACUUCUCGCGAUUGUAGUAAAUCUUCCAAACUUCCAAAGACUGGGACUAUCGAGAAAGAAUAAUAAAAUAAAAAAAGAAAAAAAAAAUUA